AUGAACAAAAUGAAGUUAACUACUGGCCAAUCAGUUAAUACUUGUUACCUCUCGUUUGCGAGUCCUGCCUCCUUCAAGUACUGCUCAUCCUCUCCUUCAAACUCGGGUCCUCAUAGAACUUCUCGAACUACCAUUCUUAAACCAUCUAUUUCGAAGUUCUGCACCUCCGACCAAGAAACUUUCAAAAGACCCUCUUCUCUUCCUCCUACCAAUACGAUUUCAUUUGGGAACCUCAAAUCUCCAAAUUCCUGCGACCAUCAGCACCACGAAGAGCUAAGUUUCAGUACUAAGACAAAGGUCACUGUGUUGCCUCUGAACUUCUCCACUGGUUGUCCAUCUUACUUUGAGGAACCUGAUCAAUAUGCUGCAACGGGAUAUCAACUUCCUGUCAAAAGAACUGGUACUAGGACACCAUCUCAGGCGCAAGAACAUCUUUUAGCAGAAAGAAAACGACGAGAUAAGAUAUCUCAGAGGUUCGCAUGUUUGUCAGCUCUAGUUCCUGGCUUAAAAAAGUUGGACAAGUCUUCUGUCAUUGAAGGUACUAUCAAACACUUGAAAGAACUCCAGGAGCGCUUGAAGGCGCUUGAAGAGGGUAGAAAUAGGGAGCAUGGUCAGGAAUCAGUUGUUUAUCAGAAAAAACCAUGUAUUCGUUUUCACCAAGAAGCUUCAUUAUCUAGCUUUGACCAGUCAUUGACAAAUCUUGAAGUCAGAAUCUUAAAAGGAAAUGUUCUAGUUAAAGCCUGCUGCAGAAGACGCUCUGGAUUCACGGAUGCUUUUCUACAUGCGAUGGAAAAGCUUGAUUUGGUUAUCGAAAGCUGUAGCUUUAUGCCAUUUGCUGAUAACUUGCUCGCUAUAUCUGCAGCUGCUAAGAUGAAUGAUGGAUUCUCCAUGACAGAAGAGAAUCUUGCAAACAACAUACGCCUGGCUAUUGUAAAGCUCAUCCAUCCAAAGUGA